AUGUUGAGAUAUUGUUUGACAAGGAAUAUACGUACAAAUGUAUUAGGUGGAUUUAUAAAGCCAAACCCUAUUUUAAAUAAUAUUACAAAUGGUUAUUAUCAAUCUAGAUCAAUGUUAUCUACUUCAGAAACUAGUUCAAUGACAGAUGAAGAAGUCGAUAAAUGGCUAGAAUCAAUUCAAGAUUUACGUUCACAAUUUAAACAAUCAGGAUUUAAUCCAGAACUUGAUUUAGCUCCACCUGGUAAAGGUAAAUUAGAUUUAUUAAAAGAAUCAAAUCAAAUAAAUUCAAAAACGUUUAAACCAACUGAAUUACAACUAAAUGAAUGGGAAUCUCUUAAAGGUGUGCCAUUACCAAAGAGGCAAGAUCCGGUUUUGCAACAAAUUACAAAUAUUAUUAUGCGUGAUGGUAAAAAACAAAUUGCUGAAAGAUUUAUUUCAAGAGCUUUAUAUCUUGUCUUUUUACAAACGAGGAAAGAUCCAAUUGAAUUAUUGAAAAAUUCUUUAGAUGAAUUAGCCCCAUUGAUGAUUGUGAAAACUUUUAAUACAGGUAUUGCCAAAGCAUCCAUAAUUCCUGUACCACUAAGUAAAAGACAAAGAACAAGAAUUGCUUGGAAAUGGGUUAUCGAUGCUUCCAAAAAUAGAGCUUCAUCAGACUUUGCUGUAAGACUAGCUGAAGAAAUCGUUGCUGUAUCAAAGGGACUUGGAUCAGCUUUUGAUAGAAGAGAUCAAAUACAUAAAACAGCUAUCGCUCAUAGAUCUUAUAUUAAAUUAAAAUAA